UGGGAAACCAGAAAGAAAGAAAAUCACUUUGUGUGGCAUAUAAGAACAUGUAGAGCAAGAGGAGCAAGAGGAGCAAGAGAGGAAAGCACUAUACCAAGCGGGAAAUAUAUGGAGAAGGAGAAGGAGAAGGAGAAGGAGACUGCAGAAAACAUCACAUUGAGCGAGUGAACCUGAAAAGGGUUUUUCAAUUUAAACUAUUCAGCAACCCGAAGUUUCUUCACAUUGAGAGAGAGAGAUCGAUGGCACGGUGGCCGCUCAAUCCGCUGAAAGGCAGGAACACAAGCAGAGACCAUCGCCAGCAAUUGGAGGAACUGAAUCUGCCGAUGACAAUGUUGAAUUCAUUAGACGAAAUUAUAGUCGAGAAUCCAUCCGAAGGACAGGUUCAGCAGGUGAUGAGAUCAGAUUUUCAAGAAGAAAUUUCAGCCCAGGAUCCAUCGGAAGGGCGGAUUCCGCAGGUGAUGAGAUCGGAUUGUCUAGAAGAAAUUUCACUAGAGGACGAAGCGAAAGAUGUAGAGGAUCUCGCGGUUGGAAACGAAAUUGAGAAUGAUUCCGAAGAGCUGCUGCAUCUCAUAUCCGGAGUUUAUUUAGAUCUGCUCCGACGGUUGGUCGAGUCCCGCUCAGGAACUGGAGUCCGCGAAGAUGUUGGAUCAAUCAGGAGCCGUCAUCGUCUUGGGAGACGUUGUGCAUCUUCAAUCGGAGAGCAGAUUACACAUACAAUAGAGAUCAUGAUUCCUAAAUCCAUGGCCUGCCUAGACGAUCCAAGAAGAAAAGAACUAGAAGAGUUGGAGAAGGAGAAGAUUAUGAUCGAUGAAAAAGCGAAUGUACUCGUUCGAAGGGAGCUAUGGGGUGGGCUGGGCUUCCUCAUCGUCCAAACAUCGGCAUUUAUGGUCCUCACCUUUUGGAAGCUAUCUUGGGUUGUGAUGGAGCCGAUAUGGUUCUGUGCAACUUCCAUCUACUUAAUAGCAGGCUAUGUCUUCUUCCUGAGGACGUCUAGGGACCCUUCCUUAGGGAGUUUCUACGAAAGCCGUUUUAAGGCAAAGCAGAAGUGGCUGAUGAAGAACAAGAAUUUUGACAUCAAAGGUUUAACGAGCUCCGUAGAGCCUGUUAUUCCUUUUAGUCUGAAUAAACUCUUUCAUCUUUAAAGACAGCUGCUAGCUCAGUUGGCUUGGGCUAGACACUGGCCCAGACACGGUGAUAUAAGAGAGGCUAACAAGGGGGCCACUAUGUCACACUUAUUAGCGCACUGCACCGGUGCAAUGAGCAUCGAGUGAUUGGGAGUCCCUUAGGAUACGUAUUCAGAUGCUCUCAGCUGUCCAAUACUCAACGCAUCUCCCCGCUCAUUGCAGAGGAUGUGGACUCCACUUAUUACUAACUACUAACUUACGUACUACUUUGGGGAUUGACACAUGAUAUGACCUUCCCUAAAAUUAUGUUAUAGCCCAACUGCCUCUUUAACGAGUGUUGGAUCAGGUUCUGUUCUAACUAACGAUGUAAAUUAUAUUGAAAAUUUUAUUUUAUUUAUUUAACUGUUGACCA